UGUGGGAGCGGGCGGGAGGCGCCGUUUUUCUCGUAGCUCUUUUUUUUUCCUUCCUCAAACGGCCGCUGAGGAGUUGAGUUUUGUAUAAACACACCUCAAACAAUGGCCCGUGAGGAACCUCUGGGAAGGGAAGAGGCGUCCCGUCCGGCACUGUUGUGGGGGAUUAACCCCUCCGCUGUUGUCUUCGCAAACUAGCCUCGCGGUAGUGGAAGCGAAUGAGACUUUUAAAAGCUUUAGAGGCUGCUAAAGGUGUUACCUGUCUUGCUUUUGUUGCAUCGCCGUGGCGCAGGCGCUCGGCAGGACGGGUUGCGUCGGGCACGUCUGCGCCUCGGGAGCGGGGGGCGAAACAAAGCGCCCGGGGUGGCACCGCCGGCCGCUGCCUGCGGGCUCCGUGCGGCGCCUCGGGUCUGGGCCAGGCGGAGAGCUCGAGCUGGAGCCCGAGUGCUUCGGAGCUCCCGGGCGGGCUCAGGGCUGCGUGCCCGUCAGGCACCUGGGGAAGAGCCCUUACUUAGAGUUAAGGCGAUAAAUCUUUACUGACUGUUUAAAUGUGCAUUGCGGUUUCACCGGCACUUUGAACGCUGGACUGGCUUUUCUGUUUAGAAACGAAAACUGAUGCUUGAACUUGUUUCUCGUGAUUCUUAUUGAUUUGGUUGCCGUGCAAACAUUAUUGUUUAAUAGUACUUGAAAACGUGUGACAGAAGGAUGUUUUUUCCCUAAUCUAUCAUAAAGAAGCAAAUGUGGGAAGGAGGCAGUCUUGAGGAACAGCAGGAGAAACAUGACCUGCGGGGACAUCCUCCUUCACCAGCAGGAAAAUCAUUCUGUGGAGUUCUGUUAAUUGCUGCAGUUAAAUGUUGCUUUCUGUCUUUGAGGUUUCUGCAUUUUACUACGAGGUAGCAGAAAAACUUGUCAUUUGCAUUUUGGUUAAGUUUAGAAAAAAACUUGGGUCUUUUUUGAGAUGAAGAUGAUGUAUAAAUGGCGAGAUUCAUUGUAUACAAGACUUGUGGUAGCUCUUGGCUUGUCUGGUGUUUGUAUCUUUAUGUGCAUUGCAAAAUGUCUUUAACAGACGUCUUAUGCAGAUAGAUUUAUUUGUAACAGUUUACAUCUUAAAGAAUGGAUUUAAAAUUAAAAGAGCUUUUUCCUUCCUAAACACUGUUACCUAUUUGAAAAGCUGGAAAUCUAAAAAGUUGUAAUAGGAAGAACAUGGAGGAUAGUACUUGAAAUAAAUGUAUUUAGCAGGCAUGGAUUUGAAAACUUGAUAACCCUGUGUAAGAAGUUGCUUAGAAGAGAGGUGCUUAAAGGUUGUGGCUUGCUGCAGUAAAUGAAACAAGUACUGGUGAAGGCCUUAGACAGCAAAAAGUAUGCAUGUUUUGAAUAGAGGUUUUAAAUAAGGAGGAAGCUUGCUGAUACAUUUGAAUGUGCUUAUGUUGGAUUUAGAGACGAUUUUGCAGAGGUCAACACAUCUAUCUCACCUUUGAGCUCCUUUAAUAGCAGAAAAUCUGCAAUAGUUGCUGCUACAGUACCUUACUUCCGUGUUGGAAAUCUUUUUCUUCUGUGUCCUAUUUUUUUUUUUUUUUUUAAGCCUUCCUAGUGCUAAUGAAUACUUAGCUGUUUGAAUUGAUUGGGUCUUUCUGAAUUGCUCCCUGUUGCCUUUCCCAUUUUCCUCUCCCUGUAAUAAGGAAAUUAAAGAUACUGAUCAUUUGAGUUUUGUUUGCUGACUGAUUUAAGUACAAGCAGCAGCAAUAAAUGCAAACUUUCCUGUAGCUCUCUGUUAUGUGUCUUGGCCUUGAAUUGGGAGUGAUCAUCAUUAGAAGUUAAGAGGGUAGCUUGUUCUCCAUUUAGUGUUCAGCCAUUGGCCAUUCUCUAGUAAGUGCUCAGUCUUUGGCUAUUCUGUUGAGACCAUCAGUAUAGAAUUUGUCUGUUGGGUUUGAAGAUUAUGGACCAGACUGUGAUAGCAUGAGGAUAACAGCGUUCUUGGACAUUCCUGGACAGGAUAAUUUGACUCCUUUGGCUCGUCUGGAAAAGUAUGCUUUCAGUGAUAACAUAUUUAACAGGCAGAUUAUUGCUAGAGGUCUUUUGGAUGUCUUUCGAGAUUUCAGUAAUAAUGAGGAAGAUUUCCUGACUGUAAUGGAGAUAGUGGUCAGGCUCUCUGAAGAUGCAGAACCGACUGUACGUACAGAGCUGAUGGAACAAAUACCUCCCAUUGCCAUUUUUCUGCAAGAAAGUCGACCAAAAUUCCCAACAGCAUUUUUUGAAUAUCUUAUGCCCAUAGUAGUGAGAUACCUCACAGAUGUUAAUAAUCAGGUUAGAAAAGCAGGUCAAGAAGCGCUGCUCAUACUGCUAGAACAAGAUCUUGUUGCUCAGAGUGACAUUGAAAAUAAGGUGUGUCCGAUUCUGUUGGACCUUUCUGCUCCUGACAGUGAUGAUGAGUACAAGGUGGAAGCUGUGAAUAUAAUCUGUAAAAUGGCUUCUAUGCUGAGCAGAACCACUGUUGAGCACAUGCUGCUUCCUCGUUUCUGUGAACUGUGCAGCGACGGGAAACUAUUUCAAGUCCGAAAGAUUUGUGCAGCUAAUUUUGGUGACAUUUGUAAUGCAGUUGGACAAGAAGCCACAGAGAGACUUUUGAUUCCAAAGUUCUUUGAACUUUGUUCGGAUAGCGUUUGGGGAAUGAGAAAAGCUUGUGCUGAAUGCUUUAUGGCAGUGUCUUACACCACAUCCCCAGAAGUUCGCAGGAGCAAACUGUCCCCCCUCUUUAUCAGUCUUAUUAGUGACACUUGCAGAUGGGUUCGUCAGGCUGCUUUUCAGUCCCUUGGCCCAUUCAUUUCUACCUUUGCAAACCCUUCAAGUGCUGGUCUUUACAUUCGAGAAGAUGGUACACUGAGUAUCCGACCAUCGCCUCAAGAUGUGACUUCCAGUUCCUACCAAGCAAACAACAACAUAAAUUUUAUGUCCUCCAGUACAAAUGUUGUGUCUUCCAGUUCAGAACAACCAAUGGAAGUCAAACCAGAGUCGUCGACUGAGGAGACUUCAGCUGAAGUUAAUACAGUGCUCUCAGUUAACCAUCUUAAUAAAGACACAUGGGAAGGAAGUUCAGAUUGUUGUACCAAUCCUGGAGAAGACCUGACUAGCUUGUCUCAGGGCGACAAUGUUGCUGCUGGUGUCAUAGAGGUCAUUAAGGACAGCAAUUUUCCAGGAAUGAACUCGAGGCUACAGUCUGCUGAGGAUGUAUUUAAUACUUUCUUGUACUGGCGCCCUCCUCUGCCUGAUAUAAGCCAGGAUCUGGAGUUGCUUCAGUUCAAGUCUGAGAAGCACAAAGACAGCUGCUCUCUGCAGUGUAAUAACUGUGUUGCCAGUAGUGAAAUAAAAAAAGUCCUAGAAAGCUUACAGGAGCACAUAGAUGAUCCAGAUGUUCAAGCUCAGGUCCAAGUGUUGUCUGCUGCUCUCAGAGCUGCUCAGUUUGAUUCCAUCAGUGACUAUGAGACCAAAAAAAUAGAGAGCAGGGGCAAGCCUCAGAAUGAAACAGCUAUUUUGGAUGAAGCAGCUGUUUCAGAUGCGACCUGCAGCCAGGUAGAAGAUGACACUCUUUUGUCCCGUACAUCCCAGGAUGACAUCGGUGAGCAGUCUACCACCAGUAUACUGAAAAGCACAGACUCGGAGGAACAACACAGAGGAACCAGUGUGUUUUUAAAGAAAGAGCAAGAAAAUAAUCCACCAUUUGAAGAUGACAAGUCAAAAUUACAGGAUAUUAUACCUCAACCUUUAUUAGACCAGUACUUGUCAAUGACUGACCCUGCUCGAGCCCAGACUGUUGAUACUGAAAUAGCCAAACACUGUGCAUAUAGUCUUCCUGGGGUGGCCUUAACACUGGGCAGGCAGAACUGGCACUGUCUGAAAGAUACGUAUGAGACUUUGGCCUCAGAUGUACAGUGGAAGGUUCGUCGGACACUGGCUUUCUCCAUACAUGAACUAGCUGUUAUUCUGGGUGAUCAGUUAACAGCUGCUGACCUGGUGCCAAUUUUCAAUGGAUUCUUGAAAGAUCUGGAUGAAGUGCGCAUUGGUGUCCUUAAACAUCUCUAUGACUUUCUAAAGCUACUUCAUGCAGACAAAAGGCGAGAGUAUCUUUACCAACUUCAAGAAUUUGUGGUGACCGAUAACAGCAGGAACUGGCGGUUUCGUUAUGAGCUGGCAGAGCAGCUGAUCCUGAUAUUAGAACUCUACAAUCCCAAUGAUGUAUAUGACUACUUAAGACACAUUGCACUAACUCUCUGCUCUGAUAAAGUGUCGGAAGUUCGGUGGAUCUCCUUCAGACUGGUUGUUGCAAUACUGCAGAAGUUCUAUGCAAACAAUGCAAAUGCACUGGGAUUAAAUUUCAUUAAUGAACUUGUAGUGCGGUUCCGUCACUGUUCCAAGUGGGUUGGAAGACAAGCUUUUGCCUUCAUUUGUCAGGCAGUAGUAGAAGAAGAAUGUAUGCCUGUCGACCAAUUUGUUGAACAUUUACUCCCCAGUCUUUUAAGUCUUGCUUCAGAUCCUGUGCCAAAUGUAAGGGUUCUGCUCGCCAAGGCUCUAAGGCAGACGUUAUUGGAGAAAGCUUAUUUUAAAAGUGUUGGCAAUCCUCAUCUAGAAGCUGCAGAAGAGACGGUUCUAGCUUUGCAAUCUGACAGAGACCAAGAUGUGUCUUUUUUUGCCACCAUAAAACUAAAGCAGAAAAACAUGGACAAUACUUCGAUUGAAAAGCAAAACUAAUGUGUCCUAUAAACCAUGAACAGCAAAAUGGUUAUUUGCCUCAUGUUCACACUUAGUAUGAAUAACAUGGACAAAUAAGAAAAGAACCUUUUGUCAUCUACUUGAGCUGGAAACAGCCUGUUCAAAAAUGCAGUGAUCUUCAUUUAAUGACCAGUUUACAUCUACAGCUGUGCAUGAUAUGCAUUAGCAGGUUUUUUUUGUCCUUGUAAAUGUGGGUGAUAACUCUGAUGUCAGCCCACAGUUCUGCAUUGUAUAUAAAUUCUUAUACGUAUUCAGUGUUUCAAUGUAAUCAGAGUUCAUAUUCCGUAAUUAAAAAAAGACGAACAAUUUCAGUAGUAGAGCAGUCUGCUAUAAGCUUGAAAUGGUUUCUUACUUUUAAAACCUUGAUAGCAGAUUUAAGUAAGGAUAUUCCUUCCUCAUUUUUAUUGUAGCUUUUGUAUUGUUUAAAGUAUUGCAUUUUAUUUUAACUGAAAAAAGUGUAUAUAUGUGAAUAGCUCUUAAAUCUUAACAAAAAAUGAUGAAGAAUUUAAUCCCGUAUCAAUGAAAAAGCUCAAAAAUCAUUUCAUUUUAUACAGUGGUUAAUUUGUUGAAAUUAAGCCAUGGUUCAUUUUUACUUAAUGUGAUAUUUUUUAAAGCACAGAGAGCUCAACAUUCUUUGUAUAUUGUGACUUUUCUAUUACUUUGUUAUUUCUAAACUAUAGUCUUACAGGUGUUAACACUGUUUUAAUUACUGCAAGAGCUUAUAGUUGUAUGUAGACUGUUGAUUUCCCCAACUGAAAAUUACUCUUUCUACCCUAGUAAAGUUCACUUCAGUUAAGGGAUUCAGAGUUCCUGGAAUACAUGAUAUAUCUUCAGAGGAAUAUUACAGAAUUUUACAGAGUGCUUAAGUUUUGUACAUGUCUUUCAUGCAAACCUGAUUUGGAAAAAAACACCUUUUAACUGGUCCAGCAUUCGAAUCCCUGAGAACCUGCUAUUUCAUGCCUAAGUAAGAGGUAAGGGGAUUUUAUUUGGGAUUUCUAAUUUCUGGAAUGUUUCAAAUGGCAAAUGUUCACUCGUGUGUGUAUGUGUAUAUACAUACAUAUAAAUAUAUAUGUGUAUAUUUUAUACAUACACAUGAGUAUUUGCCAUUUGUUAUAUUAACAAAAUUCUCGUAAUAAAAUCUGCUAGCUUUUAACCAUUUUUCAAAACUAUCAAGCUGAUACUUUUUGGUGGAUCCUGUCCUCUCUCAUGUCCCAGAUCUGCAGUUAAUGUAGGACCUGUCCAAAAAUGAAUGCUUAAUUUAUCUAUUACUACAUGAGACCAUUCUUUAGUAAUUAUUGUGUCCACACAAAGAAAGUAUCAUAAGUAGACCAGUGGGAAUAUUUCUUUCCCCUUAUGUCAUUACUAUACUAAUUAAGUAGUUCAACUGCGUGAAAGUUUUUUACAGAAACUAGAAACUAUUACUUUUUUUUUUUUUUUUUAUCUGGAUUGUCUGCAAUACAGCAAGUAAGUUCCUCAGCUGGGCUCUGUAUUUUUUUGGAGGGUUCAGUUUUGUACAAGUCUGUCUAACUAUAAUUUUGUAUUAUAAUGUACAGUAUUUGUAAUAAAUUGUUUUCUUGCAAGAUCAUAAAAUGCUUUCAGAAGUUAGUCAAAUAUACCAUUGCUAUCACUGCUAUUACAGUAAACAGUAUAAACUCUGUAAAUUCUGCAACAUUCUACAUUUAACUUUUUAUUUUUUUUAUAAUUUAAAACAAAUGCCUCUUCAAUACAGUCUUUUUAUGAUUGCAAUUUCUUAGCAAAAAAAUUAAUUUUUUCUAGUUCUAAUAUCUUUUUCUAAUGCUGGCGUUAUUGGUAUUUUCUAACAGUUCAAGUUUUCUAAGACUUCUGACAAGGGUUUACUUUUGUUUUUUUAUUAACAGCUCAUUACAUUUCUCAGUAUUGAUCAAAUUUUUUUUAAGUGUGUGUAUAUAUAAAUAAGUAUGUUUUAAACAUACUGUAUAUAAAUUAGAUACUUUGAGCAUUAACCCAACCUAGUUUCUGUUUGUCAAGUAAUCUUAAAUAAUUACCUUUUCUUGCCACAAUCCACUGAAAAAACAUAAGCUUCCAUAUGUUUUAGAAUGUUUGGGUAGUUUUCAUUAAAAUUUUUAAUUAGAACAUGUGUAAACAGUAAGCCACUAGCUAUAAAAUUUAACUAAAAGGCUAAACAAAGUUCUUGUUUUUUAAGAUAUUUUGGUACCUCUCUAGCUCCAGAAAUUCAUAUCUAUUUUAAGUGGUAUGAUUUCAGCAGAGCUUUUAAAACAGUUGUUAAAACUGUAGUUGCAUGCACUAAUAGGAGAUUACAACAUAGUUCUUUUAUUUGUAGGCAAUGUGCAGGUCUAAAACAGGCUUAACCUUUGCAAGGUUUGCCUCUUUUUUUAAUUUUAUACUAGAAAUAUGAUUUCAGCAUGACUAAAGACUGCACUUUACAUCUUGUACUAGACAAAUGUAUGCAAUGAAGAGUAAAGCUAUGUGUUCACAUACAAUUCUCUGGGUUGUUUAAAUUAUGCAAAAAUAUAUAUUUUAAAAAGCCAGAUGGAGCAAAGCUAGGUAGUUGAUCCACUGUCACAAAAGCAGAAAGAAUACCACUUUAAAACGUUUCUGACUAAGGAACAUGAAAAUAAUGUUAGUGGUGCAAUAUUGCUUGGAUGCUGUAGGUAAUUAUCAGGCACUUGUAAUCCAAAGCAUGUUAGUCAUGUUGCUUAGAAUUCAAACUCACUGGUAUGUUAUGUGUGAUAUACACUUGGCAUCUAACAGGAUGCUGCCCUAGUGGCAGUUGUGUCUGUACACAGUGUUGUUUAGAGCCCAAAUAAGCGGGGACACUCUGGAAGUGCCACUCAUUUGUCAGAAUAGAGAAUCUAUGUAACUUUUUAUUUGUAUUUAUCUCAAUAAAUCCUGUGACUGUUUUAUGAAA